AAAAGUUUCCAGGACAAAAAGAAAAAGGUGAUGGUCUCUUAUUUCAGGAGAUGAGAUGAAUUCAGUUGCAUAGAAUGAACGAGGACUUGGGGGCUUGGCGUGGUCGAUGGUUUUGGGGUAGCCGGCGACUGAGAGAGUUGACGGAGACGAGGUGAUCGCUACUGCGGUGACAGUGGUGCCGGAGGUGAGAGAAAAGAUCGGUGGCUAGGGCCAAUAUUUGGGCGAGAACGAGUAGGGAAAGCCAGGGCGAGAGAAUUCGGUGGAGCAACGUCGCUGUCUGCGGAGACUCGACGGAGAAGAGGGGAAAAUUUCUUGCCUUCAAGGACUGUAGAUAUGAAUCAAGUAAUCAACACUCUAUCCUUCCAUUUAACUAUCGGUGAGAAAUGCAAGAUCCAAGGAUUCCUGUUCCCGAAGAAAUCUUAAACCCUAAAUCACGCAAGAAGAAGAGCUCAACACAGAGAGCAUCUUUAUUUCAGCUACAAGGAAAUAAUGUGAAUGAAGAAGUACAGGCACCUGUUUCACUAAGAUCAGGACACAAGGGUUCCAAGAGAAACUUGAUGACUGAAAUAUCACCCCCAUUUCAGAAACCAGAGGGUUCUAACUCAGAUUCACUGCCGGACUCCUCUUCUGCUGGAAAUGAUUACCGAGCACUGAGGCGAAAGUAUCUAUUGCUGGAAGAUGAGAGCUUUGCAUUAGGGACAGAACUAAAAGAGGUUGAAGAUGAGGUAAAGACCCUUGAAGACGAGAAGCUUGCACUGUUGGAUCAGCUCGUUGUGUUGGAAGGCCUCGUCGAUCCUUCAGAGAUGCAGCCCUAGUGUUUACAAAUUACAUUUUUCUAGAACUUCUGCAUAUGCCUUCAUCUUCCGAUAGAGCAAUCCAUUUAUUAAUGAUAAAAUGCCUGAACAGGAGUCAAUGUUUGGCUGUUCUGUAUAGCUCUAUAGAAAUUGGUAUUUGGUGUAUCAAAAAUUACGUUUGUGCAAAUCAGAUAAGUCUUAUAUUUGAAGGCUGAACCCCUCUGUCACUUAUGACGCAGAUAAACUUUGAUCAUAUUUGUCUUUAGUCAGGAUAGAUUCUUAAUGCCUUU